CGCAGCUUCCGGCGUAAACGGAAAGCAGCGGAAGAGAGCAGUACUGCCUUGUAACGUAAAAUGUGCAAACUGAAAGCCGUGAGCAGGACGCUAAUAAGUCAGUGUUAUUAUUUGUUCUCCAGUUUGAAAUAUUUACGUCGUAUAAAAUACAUAUUUGACUCUUUAGUAAAGGAUAAAGUCGUCUCGAUGCGCAAGAAGCACUGUGCCGCUUCUCGUGCUAUCUUUGCUUGUUAGUUAGCUUAGCUCGCUAGUUAGCUUAGCUUGUUAGCUGCUAACAGAAGACACAGAAGUUAUCAACACAUCGCUAAGUAGAGAUCAAGUGUGAGAGUAAAGUGUUGUGAUUGUAUGAAAAUGUCUACAUUACAAAUGUUGAGAGCGUUGGUGGAUCAGCGACUAACUGCUGCCGUUGAAGAAAUAUUUGUAGUGUUAGAAAGAACGAUAGCAGAAUACGAGGCGGAACUUUCAAGAACAAAAGAGGAUUGCAAUCAACUACUGGACGUUCUUUUCAAGAAACAUCAAGUUGUGUUACUCAGAACAGCUGCCGUCGACUUCCCCGAGACACUGCGCGUCAACACCCGGCCGUGGACGUACACUUCCGACUAUCAGACGUCCAGCAGGUGUCAGCAGAGAGUCAUGAAGAGAUUCCCUCCAAGCAGCAGGAGUGGAGCUCUAGUGUGGGACAGAAGGAGCUACAGGCCCCCUACCACAUUAAAGAGGAAGAGGAGGAACUGUGGGAGCAGCUUCAAAGGUUGGAGGAGACAAAUAAUGAAGAUGAAGCUCAGUCCUUACAUCUUCAUCACAGUCAAAGCGAGGAGAACAGAGGGGCGGAGCUUGUAAGUCAGCACAUCACAGAAGCUGAUGGAGAGCAUUGUGAAGAUAUAAAGUCAGAACCAGACAGCAUCUUUGCUCCACUGUCAGACAUGGACCACAUGAUGUCAGACUCUUCUGAUCACAGUGACCACAUCCAAAAACCUUUGGAGAGUAAACAUGACUCUAAAGAUGAUACAGGACAUCACACUAACAACAAACACUUUGACUGCUCUAAAUGUGGGAAAUCAUUUAGACGGAAGAGUAAUUUUACAGUACACAUGAGAAUACAUACUGGAGAGAAACAUUUUUCUUGCUCUGUUUGUAAGAAGAGUUUCUCCACAAAGCUUAUCAUGACCAGACACAUGAGAACACACACUGGAGAGAAACCUUUUAAUUGCUCUGUUUGUAAGAAGAGUUUCUCCAUAAAGGAAAGCGUGACCAGACACAUGAGAACACACACUGGAGAGAAACCUUUUCUGUGCUCAGUGUGCCCCAAAAGAUUCUCCAUGAAUGACCAAAUGAAAAGACACAUGAGAACACACACUGGAGAGAAACCUUUUACUUGCUCUGUUUGUAAGAAGAGUUUCUCCAGGAAGCUUGAAAUGUCCACGCACAUGAGAACACAUACUGGAGAGAAACCUUUUACUUGCUCUGUUUGUAAGAAGAGUUUCUCCAUAAAGGAAAGAAUGACCAGACACAUGAGAACACACACUGGAGAGAAACAUUUUCUGUGCUCAGUGUGUCCCAAAAGAUUCUCCAUGAAUGACCAAAUGAAAAGACACAUGAGAACACACACUGGAGAGAAACCUUUUACUUGCUCUGUUUGAAGGAAGAGGUUCUCCCGAAAGCUUGACAUGUCCACGCACAUGAGAACACAUACUGGAGGGAAACCUUUUACUUGCCCUGUUUUUAAGAAGAGUUUCUCCACAAUGUUUGUCAUGACCAGACACAUGAUAACACACACUGGAGAGAAACUUUUUAGUUGCACUGUGUGUGUUAAAAGGAUCAGGUUUAAGAAUCAGGUCAGUGAGCACAAGUGUGUAACAGUCAUGGAAGCUGCAGGGAUUUAAAAACACUUAAACAGUGAUUGUGCUAAAUGUACUUUAAAAACACUUCAUGUUUAAUAUGAAUGUAUAUUUGAUGUUGCAUGUAGUGCUUCUCAUCUUCUACUGUUAUAUGUUGUCCUGUGCUUACUUUUUAAAGGCCUUCUGAAACCCACUACUACCCACCACGUAGUCUGAUAGUUUUUAUAUCAAUGAUGAAAUAUUAACAUUGUAACACAUGCCGAUACGGCCUUUUUAGUUUACUAAAUUGCAAUUUUAAAUAUACCGGGAGUUUUUUCUUGAAAACGUCGCGUAAUGAUGACGUGUACGCUUGAUGUCACGGGCUGUUAGGAAAUAUGAGCGCUGCACACACACACAGCUAAAAGUCGUCUGCUUUAACCGCAUAAUUACACAGUAUUUUGGAGAUCUGUGUUGCUGAAUCCUUUGCAAUUUGUUCAAUUAAUAUUGGAGAAGUCAAAGUAGAACGAGGGAGUUGGGAAGCUUUAGCCUUUAGCCACACAAACACACGGUGAUUCCUUGUUUAAAAUUCACGGAGUUGAAACUUUACUAUGGAUCACAGCGAACAUGGAUCCCAACCGAAUGUCAACCAGCAGGCUUCGGUGAGAAAAUUGUGGUAAAAAGUCACUUCUUACCGGAUAUCAGCUGAGCUUGUGCCGCUCAUACAGCUGCUGUCGACUUCCCUGAGACACUGCGCAUCAACACAGCUGUGGACGUACACCUCCGACUAUCAGACGUCUGCGAAGAACAUCUUCACCCUGAGCAACAGAAGUGGAGCUUUAGGAUGCGUAUGGAGGGUCCACAGCCCUACCACAUUAAGAAGGAAGAGGAAUACCCACCGAUCCCCCAUUUUAAAGAGGAAGAGGAGGACCCACUGACA